AGGCGUGGAGCAGCAGCAGUUAAUGAACGGAAGGUUGUGCCGCUGCGGCUGAGUUCGCUACGUGGCGUAUGGGUUGAAUAACGGGGCGAUCGACCGUGCUGUGGUAUUUCGCAGGCUCUGCAGCGGGGUUACGACAACGCAGCACCAAACAGUAUUGAAUCGCUGCUGCCUGUGCGGUCCCCCCAGACGAUGAUGAUGGAAGGGGGCGACGCCGGACAGCCGUCCUCUGUGGCCAUGUUCUUCAGGCGCGCCGGUCAGAGCUAUCAACGGAUGCUAGAUGUGUGGACGCCAUACACACUGGCACGGUGGCUGGGGGCCCUGCUGCUGCUGGUGGCAUUUCUGGGGCGCAUCCUGUACCUGCAAGGCUGGUACAUCAUCACGUACGCGCUGGGCAUCUACCACCUCAACCUCUUCAUUGCCUUUCUCACGCCCAAAGUGGAUCCAGCCAUGGGCACCGACGACUACGAGGACGGUCCUGAGCUUCCCACGAGGGUCAAUGAAGAAUUUCGACCGUUUAUUCGUCGGUUACCAGAGUUCAAGUUCUGGUAUUCGGCCACCAAAGCAACGCUGGUGGCAAUAGCGUGCACAUUUUUUGACGCAUUUAAUGUGCCCGUCUUCUGGCCCAUCCUCCUGCUCUACUUCAUCACACUCUUCUGCCUCACCAUGAAGCGCCAGAUCAAGCACAUGCUGAAGUACCGGUACCUGCCGUGGACUCAUGGCAAGACACAAUACCGGGCACGGGACAUGGCUAGUGGCCCGCUCAAGUGAGGACUUCUCUUGCCUCCUGCCGCAGCAUCCAGGAGCUGUGACAGGCGGCUGUGGGACCUGCUUCGCUGGAAUCGCACUCCCGUCGUUGAAGACGGGACCGAUCGGCAGCAUGUUGCGGCUGCGCCGCACACUGUUGUGUGUCAAUAAAUUGGAGUGGGCGCCCAGAAAAGCCACACUCCCACUUUGUUUU